ACUUGUUAUUGUUUUAUUACAUCCAGGGUUAACGAAGUAGCUUUAACUCAUUAUUUGCCAACCACAACGUGACGCAAGGGACCUAAAGCAUACGGAACCGGUGCUGUUUGCUGUCAGUUGGUUAACGUUUCUAUCAGCAUCGUAAUUAACGACUUUGUAAAUAAAACACACAUAAAGGUUAGCAAUGGGCGAAAGUGCAGACCAAAUAAAUCAGAAGGAAACAUGUCUGACUUUAAGGGAGAUAUGUUUCCAAGCUGUCCGGGAACAUUAUGCAGCUCUGGGCAUUCAGGCUGUUAUUGAUCUACCAACGCCUCUCAUUAAGGAUCUUCUUCUCCAUCUGACUGUAUGUCAGCUGGAUGAGCUCCAGCCUGCCCUGAACAAGAGAGGUAUAUCAACUCAUGCCGGAUGGAUUGGAAUCCUACAGGAAAUGCGUGGACUAAACCAUGCAAUAAACUUCCACACAGAAGAAGAGGCCAAACAGGAAGUUAUGAGAAUUCUUUUCACUCUAAUAUUCUACGGCUACUCCAGCCAAUUUGUCCAGAAAAACAUCACAAACCUGAACACCCCGUCAUUCCUGUUGACUGCAGCUAAAUGUAUCAAAUAUUUUUUACUUGAUACUACAGUUGAGAGUUUAACUGCUGAUCGGCGGCAUCUUCUGAAGCUCUUAGAGAAGGGUAUCAGGACGGUUUGUGUCUCGAAGUGCAUGGACCUAUCAGACAGGACGACGGAUUUGUUUGUCCUCCAUCGCCUGCUAGACCACGGGGUUGCUAGAAAAGUUGUUAUGGAUGUGCAAUGUUCCCUGAUGCUGUCCUGGAUUCUACUCCACAGGGGAUCUCAGUUUGUAAGCCCUGAGCUGAGGUGCCUCAUGCAAAAAAAAAUGGCAACCUGUAACUUACAAGCAUAUUCCGCCAGUGCAGACAGGGCCAGCUGCAGCUUAUGCAUCAGGACUGCGGCGUCAGAGGAUCAAGAUGAUCACAUUCCCUGCAAACGUUUGAAGUUGGAUUGUGUCGAGGAGAAAGAAUCUGGAAAAGCCAACCGUAGUGUGGACCUGCAGGUUCUCUGUCAAAGCUUCGCUCCGUCUGAGGGGCCCUCAGCAGGGGCCUGUCCAUUGGGACGGAUCGAAUCUCUGGAGAUCAGGAAGUGUCGGUCCGACUCCUUCGCAGUGCUGAACAACGCCCUGCCCACAUGUUUCUACCUGCGCUCUCUAACUCUUCAUAGCAUUGCCACAUUCAGGGACACAGAUGUGUUGGGCCUGGCCAAAGCCCUGAAGCAGCUGACAGAGAGCUCGCGCUGCUCCCUCACGGAGCUCAGCAUCAGCAUCCUGCCCUACACCGGCCUGGUGGAGUUCCUGCUGGAUGCAAACCCCAACCUGACCUCCCUGCAUGUGGAGAUCCAAACUGCGAUGGUGGGGUCACGCCUCUUACUGCAUCACCCCGGAGCCGAGGAUCCAGACAUGCCAGAGCUGCCCCUGGAGAAGCUGUCAGUCAAAGUGGCGGAGCUGCAGCAAACAGACCUGCACUUCAUCAGGACUGUGCUGAGACACUGUCCUCAUCUCACCUCACUCCACGUCGCUGGGAUGAGAUUACCAACCGGCUCCUCUCAGAACCUCCUGCUUAGCACUCUCUCAGGAUCCAAUCGCCUCUUGACGAGUCUCCACCUGGAGGACGUGAAGCUGUCCGAUUGUCUCCCUGAAAUCCUGAAUCUACUGAGAGACUGCAAAUUGGAAGAGCUGCGCCUGAAUGACUGCCGCCUUCUUGAGAGGUGGAGCGACAAGCAGGAGAGUCUGCAUCAGCUGGUGACUGCUCUGAAGAUGCUGCCCUCUCUACACACACUCAGCCUGGCGCAGAACCGGAUUGCUAAGCACGUGUGUGUGCUGGCAGAUCUGUUCUCAGGACCCUCCCCGAGCCCACUGAAGAGACUCAACAUCAGCUCCAACUUCAUCCUGCCUGCCGAGCUGCUGGAGUUCUCUAAGAGGCUGAGGAGACACCCCCCACCCCAGAGACUGACACUCGACCUCAGGAAGAACCCAGGGGACAGAGACCCCGACACAUGGAGCUCUGCUCUGCAGAAGCUGCAGCCCUUCUGUGUUUCACUGGUGGAAGAAUGGAGUUCCUCCAACACCAUGGCUGACUACAUCAGCAACAUGUGAACUAGCACCCUGUUGGAGAUGGGGGGGGGGGGGGGCUGAACAGUUCUACAGAACAAUGACUCAGCAGUUUGAGUUCAGUGGAGAAACUUAGGAGAUUUUUUACAGUCUAAUUUAUCAAACCACAUCUGCAGCUUGGACCACUUCACCACUGUCCAUUUGAUACAAAUAAAAUGAAUACUUUCACCAUGUUUAAAAGCUCUGGGGGGUGGGGGGCAGGAUAUAUAUCAUUUAUUUCUUCAUUAUUGGGGCCCUAUUAUGCUUUUUUAGGUUUUCCCUUUCCUGUAGUGUGUUAUAUAGGUUUUUGUGUAUGUAAAAGGUCUGCAAAGUUCUCUCCAGAGGCAGCUUCUCUCCCACACAAUCCCCCCUAACUGAAACACCUCCAUUGGACUCCUUUGCUUACUUAUGAACAUAGUGACAUCACUAUGUAACACUUGCACUUCUAUUGGCUAGCGCUCCAACACCUUGGACAUGAUUUGCUAAGGGGUGGGACAUCUCUAAGUGGGCUCUGGUUUCAGACAGAGGGUGAAAAAAGGUGCUGCAGCACAGGCAGUGUGAGACAAAUAGAAUGAGCUUUAGCAUGAAAAAAGCAGGAAAGAUUGACACAGUUUGACAUUUGAAUCUUUUAUUAAACCAACGUCCGUUACACUUCCAGAGUCUUCCCUCGGACAGAGUGUGAGUGACAGUGGACAUUAAGAUACAACUGAAAAAAACCUGGAGGAUUGACGUCGAGGUGAAGAGAAGUUUCACAGCAGCUAUCUCACACCUCCUCCUCGCGGUCAUUUUCUUUAAAUUAGACGAACAGCAUCGACAUUGACUACCAAAUCAUCAUUAGUAGGAACCAAGUAGAAAAAACAAUCAGAAAAAACGGAUUAAAAGAGUUUAAUCUUUUUCUUAGUGUAUUUUUUAAAGCUAAAUACUGUAACACUUAUUUUCUGUAAAUUUGUUUUUCCUUGUAUAUUCUCAUAUUUUUUAGUAAAUUCAAGUCGAGAGUGAAGACCCUAUGUCUGCAUGCUAAUCAGUUGAUUUGCUGGGUCUAUCUACAACCAUCGCUUACAUAAAACAAAGACACUCGCAUAAACACACACCACUUACACACUCAUACACACUGCCGCAAUAUUUCAACCUGGCGUUCACUGUGAAUUUACAGGGGGAGAAACAUGGCUGUUUCAAACAUCAUAAAGAAGUCAGUUGUCAAAUGAGGGAUUAAGUUUGUUCAUAUUUUAUUCUUUUGUGCAAUUUGUGAAUUUUCUCUAAGAAACAGUUGGCAGGACAAAUGAGUUUACCUUAAAAAAAAAGAACAGAUCCUAAAAAAACUGCCGUAGCAAUCUGGUAUGCUCAAAGGGCUCUGUUAGCGGAUAGGAAGCUAACAACGGCUAACUUUUACUGUAGUUUCUUGUUAGUCUUAGUCACCAAUGCAUCUCUUCGUUACCUGUGUUUGGAGUUAGGACAGUGGUUAAACCUGGCAACCCCACUAUGAGGACAGGACGUUAGCAUCAAUUAUCUGUGAGGUUAAGUGGCUAGUCUGUCUCUCUUUGCACAGAAUAUUCACAGAAAAUAUUCUGAGACCUUUAAUCUCAAUCUUUCUCAGAACUGUACUUAAAUCAUAUUUUUUUUAAAUCCUCUAGACAAAUCACUUCUUUUCAGAAUAUGAAACAGACGCACAGUUAAAGGGCUUAAAAACACUUUGUGGUACUCGAAUGGAUAAUGGUUGGAAAUCAGUUUGGACAUGUGUUCGAAUUGCCUCCAUAAGUGUGACGAAAAUUUACACCAACAAGGGAGGAAAUAAGAAAAUGAACUUCCACCGUAACCUAUGGUCUCUUUUUUUCUCUAUAUACUUAUUUUACAGACUUUAAAGUGUCAAUGUACAUCUUUGUGGAGUGUGUAUGUUAAGUGAGUGAGGUGCACUUCACACACAGCGACAUAAAUCAAUAUUCACAAAAUAUUUAGCCACGUCAGACUGAGUGUCACCUGGACCUUUAAGGUGGAAGUGUUUCUCACGAUGGUUCGUUUUCACCCAAAAAACCCAAAUGAAUGGAACUAGCACAGCAACGUUCACACAGUCAUACUGAAGACUACAGUUGAACAUACACACACUCUUGCGCUGUAACAAAAACACUCACUUGGAGCCUACAUUACAAUAUCUUGAGAAGGCAUGAAGGAAAUCUCAAAUAAAUAUAAAUAAAUUAAAUCAUAUAAAAUGAAUAGGUUAAAAAACAUAGAAAUUCUGUUAAAUACAGCAAACUGAAUAACAAUAAACAACAGUACUCGCUCAUAGACGGAGAUGGACGCAAGAGAUGGGUACAUUUUGUAAACAAUGACAGACGGACGGACACAUUCACAAAUCAUUAGUGAGCAGAAAGGCCUGUUGGGGCGCAGUGGUGCGGGGGCGGUCAGG